CCAGUCGUCAGUUUGCCGUGAGCGCCUGUGAUGCGAGGACGUUCUAUGAUUUUGUCUAAGAGCGUUACGCUCUCUCAGCUGUCGCACUAGUAAACCGGGGUUUUUUCUUAUCGCAACACGUUCGCGGUUCCCCUCGUCGUCGACAUCGAAACGUCAACAUCGACGGCGUAGAAUAACGAUCGUGCGGCUAGCGUGUCCGGACAGAUUUCACGACGGUUGAAAAUUCGCGGCGUGCGCGAACACGCGACCUGUGCACGAGGAGGAACAUCACCGUACGAAACGGAGGCGCGAUUCGAUCCGUGAUCACGAACUUGCCCUUUUGGUGUCCACGGGCGUUUCAUCAGGCCCCCAGUGUGUCAGACGAUUUCCCAAUUUGGAACUUUUACGAACGGUGUGCCGUGUGUUAACCUGUUCCCCUUUGUGAUGCUCCAACGUUCGGAUCCACCAGCUGAUCACGAUUCCGCCGGUGUUACAUUGGCUCGAUGGACUUUAUAGAGACGGAGUUGCUCGUCCGUGGAGCAUCAGGUACGUGAGCGGAAGACAGAAUCGAGCCGGGGGCAGGGUACAGUUUUCGUGCGGGCUCGCCGCCCUUCUUUCGCUCCCGUUCCCCGUCCACAUCGGCACCUGCGGCAACCGCGCGGGAAUUUUAUCGCGUACCGUUUGCGGCGCCGCUACGCGCUGUUGUUGUGCGCGAGCUUGAAGUUAGCCGCGGAUCGAGCGCGCGGAACAAGGACAGACCCGGUCGCGCGUUCCCUGCGCCCGCUGAAUCGGUGAUCGUCGACGAACAACGGAGAACACUUGAGAAAGUUUCACGGGGAAACGUGCCAUCCGGAGGAGAUUAUUCGAAACGGUCCUAUCGCGUCUCGUUAUCGCGACGAGGAGAGGGCGGAAAAUCGAGGAAAGAGAGAAAGAGAGAAGAAAAAGAGAGCAUCGAGGCUGCUUUUGUUUUCCAAACGAGAACGGUGCUUUCGGGGGUGCGAGCGGAGAGUCAGGGAAGAAGUUGAUAACCACGAGACUGACGGAGAAGCCGGGAUCAUAGACGGGGCGGAAAGGAGAGGGAAACAUCGUUGUCGCUCCACGAGGAGAAGAAAGACACGAGGCGCAUCGGGAGUGAAUAUGUCCGCCAAGCGAAAGGCCACUGCCAUCAUGCAGCACCACAAGGUAAGUUGCAGUCGAUGGUAGUUCUUCGUGCAGUUUCAAUCCACUGGGAAAAUGCGAAGGGAAACGAAUUCAAGGAAAACAUCUCGACCCCAGAGCCAGCCGACAUAUCCGAGGAGGAUCACUACUCGAGCGCGUUCAUGAAAGACCCGGAUAACCUGAAGCUGAUGCUGCUCGCGUGGAAUUAUAAUCUUCAACAGCGGGCUCAGGCUCAGGCCCAGGCCCAGGCACAGGCUCAGGCAGCCAACGCGGCCCUAUCGCCAAAUAACUCCUCGACAACCACGGCCACCACCGUUGGCACACCUGUCACCAGCCAAUCGGCCAUAUCCACGGCAAACAACACCAUUAACAACUCCACACUUACAGACUCUCGAAACGGUUCCACGGAGUUGGUAGACAUGCCCGCCGGUACCGUUCCAAAUUUGGGAGCCGUGGCCGGUGUUGGCAGCGAGGACAUGGCAUCCUUGUGGGCAUCUUACGCUAUGGGACUGAAGAAGACGCCGCCGCCAGCGUCGUCAGCGACGCCCUCGCGAUCCGAUCGCGAUCGUGAAUCGAGCCCGGCGGGUGGCGAAGGGACGGGGAGCGCUCACGACGAGACCAGCAGCAGUGGUAAUAAAGAGGACGAGGAUGACGACGACGAGGAUCCCGACGAGAGGUUGGACCCCAGACACCACGACCCGGAGCGUCAGAAGGCUUUCAACAUGUUCGUCAGGCUCUUCGUCGACGAGAAUCUCGAUCGUAUGGUGCCGAUCUCGAAGCAACCGAAGGAGAAGAUACAGGCCAUUAUCGAUAGUUGCACCAGGCAGUUCCCGGAAUUCGCGGAGAGGGCCAGGAAGAGGAUCCGAACGUACCUGAAGAGCUGUCGGAGGAACAAACGCGGCAAAGAGGGUGCACCUUGGGAUGCCGCGAGGCCCACUCCGGCACACUUGACCUCCGUGCAGGCCGAGCAGAUUUUGGCAACCGCCUGCGAAAAUGAGAGCGACAACGCGAAACGCAUGAGACUCGGUAUGGAGCCAGUCUCGCAGCCGAUGCCAACUCUUCCGGCCGCAACGCAAACGGACGUCCGGUCAAGUUUAGAGCAUUUCUCGAGUACGCCAGUGAAAUCACUUCCGGGAAAGAGGGAGGAUACACCGCCGGCAUCGCUAACGUCCCUGGCGCCGCUAACCAGUUUGGCGAACUUGCCGAGUAACACCCUCUCUUCUACACCCCUGUCUCUCGCACCCGCGUCGAAACUGCUCACACCGGCAGACAACAAGGGUCUCAUGAGCCAGGCGACGAUAGUCAGCUCGUCGACCGUUAAUGGUGUUGCCAGCGGCGGUGCACCGACGGCGAUGUACAGACCAAAUUUCAGCCAGGCGUUCCAGCGUGCGGGACCAACCGUCCCGCCAACCCUUUCGGCUGGACUCUACCCGACCCAGAGUUUCACGUCGGGCCUAUUGAGCAACGGUACACAAAGACCAACGGAUCUGAGCAUGAAGAACACGAAGCCGCUGCUGAGUCACAAGUUGAACGCGACGGAAAUGACGGCCGUCAGGCAAUUGAUCACCGGAUAUCGAGAGUCCGCGGCGUUCCUCUUGAGGUCCGCCGACGAACUCGAGCAACUGUUGCUUCAGCAACCAUAGAGCUACGUGUACGUAGCCGGUGGCCAACAACUGGGCUCGUAAGUCUCCUCUGGCGAGGAUGGAAGCGGAGACAUGAACGCGAGCACGCGAAGCACAGCUCCGUUUACCCUGUCGAGUAUACCGACCGUCGGUAACGAGUCUCUGUUAUCCUUCACCUGGGGAAGUCCCGGGACCAGAACGACUAAUACGAAGCGGCAGAUCGCCGCGACUCCAACGAAACUUAUCCCCAAGGAACCGCGAGAAACCGGAGCUUUCCUACCCGACGAGCAAAGGGAAAUUGCUUCGUCUCCAGUCUGGAGUAACCUUCGGAGCGAGGUAGCCUCGAGGAAAGAACCCUGAGGUGUUUGAUCGGUCGCCAGCGUAGGCGGACCAGGAAGAGAAUCCACGCGAAGGCGGAGUUCUUAGGGCUAGGUUAUUAAGGGAACUAUUCAAAACAGGGUGUACAUAGAGAGGAUUUACAGAUAUUUACUUAACUAUCGGAUAAGCUUAAGCUUAAGGGAUUAACGAGAGACAGUGUGUGUUGCGUGCGUGUAGAAUGCGUGUGUGAGGCUUUCGAAAAGAGCGGGAAUGUCGAUCGAAAGUACUGUCGGACGAUGAUCGAAGUUACCCUCAUUUCUUUUUCUUAUUUAAACUCGCAACUUCGAACCAUCGGACAUCGCAAUCGCUGUUCACCCGGCUGAGAACCAUGUACAUACGGUCGACCGUAAAACUAGCCAAUCCCUCCGAUGAGGGAUGAAGCGUGAACCACGAAGAGUCGGGUAGACGCGAGUAGCCUGAAUGUACGAGAAGAUGAAGAGAAUGCUGCUGUCACACAUGUAUAUAGAGGUACGCGUACAUUCGUGCGUAAACAUGUGUACAUAAAUAGGUCGUAGGACAAGAUGGAUGUUCGUUUUUCCUUUUUUUUUCUCUCUCUCUCUUUUUUAUUGGUCACCAUCAGGAAACGACGAGGUGAUCGACGAUUAGUCGCAUGCUGACCGAGCAACGCUCGUCCGGUAGAGAGCAUAGUACUUGAAUCGUGCAGGUUGAACCGUGGAUGAAUUGAAAAAAGAUAGUUUUAGUUUGGAGAUAUUUACUUUUUCUCUUGUGAAGUUUCGUUUUUGAGAAAAGAAAAUUGGAGAUUGAAAUUUAUGUUCCUAUCAUUAACUGGUAAUUAAAGAAUUUUAAAGUAAAAUGAUUUUAAAUCUUCCAAAUUUAAUUUUUAAAUACUUUGAAUAUUCUUUCAAUAAUUGCAAUUUAUUGCAUAUAUUCCAAAAAUGAAAUAUCACACGAAGAAAUGAAAUUCUCCAACUUGAUCCUAAAUAAUUAUUAUUAAAAAAUUCUCGGUCAACACUGCACAUAUUUAUCGGGACCAUCUUGUCACGAUCAGACAAUACGUUGAAAUCGUAUUUGUGGUUUCCGGACGCAUCACUGUGUUACCAAAGAACACUGAUUAUUCUUAUUAUUAUUAUACGAUAAUAUACGUAGAGCUCUAUAUAGACACGCGUUUAUUUCUUCCUCUCUCUUUUUCUUCUUUUCUUUUUUUAAAGGUGAUACCGUUGUUUUAAACCCGUUCUAAAAACACAAAAAGGCGUACCUUAAGGGUUGCUCCAUACCGAUUUCUCUCGUCAGAGGUAUCAUUAUUGAUUCUGUUAAUUUUAUAGUCGUAAUUCCAACGAUACUGCGUUCGAUGUCGCGUUAUCAUCGUUACGUUAUGUUACGUUAUCAUCGCUACAAGAUGAUCGUCUCCCACCGAAGAUAGGGGAGUCGAAACUAGUUUUUUUUUCGCGCGUUAAUUCUAUUCUGUCGUUGUUUUUGUACAUAGUUUAUACGAGUCGUCUUCGUAUUGCGACACGAAGUAACGAAAAUGAUGAAAAAUACCGCGAACACGUGAGUUACUUUUAACCAGAUACGAAGAGAGAAUAUAUUAUUAUUAUUAUUUUUAUUAUUAUCACAGAAAUACAUAUUGUACGUAUAAAUAUGUGUGUACGAUUGUAAAAUAUGUUCACAACAGGGCGGCCAUAUCCGCCACGAUUAAGCUCGAAAUAACCAUAAUGAAACAUUCCAUCAGUAAGGGUGAGGAGACGGCUAGAAAAAUGAAAGGGUUGACGAACACGGCUCUCGAACUGUUUCAGAAACAUACGACGUUUUAUGCACCCUCAUUCAUACCCAUCGCCAUCUCGUAUUCCCUUUUUUAUCCUCCAUUCUCUCUGAAUUUGGUACACUAACCUGUCUCUUCAUUAUCAAAAGUACUUAUUAGUGCAUUAAUUACCGCAAAAAAAUAUGAUUGAGUAUUUCACUUUGACAGCUCUCAUUUUAAUUGUCACGGAGAUUACUGAUGACGCCUCGAAUUUUGUGUAAUUGAAUUAUUAGUUAAAAAAGAAGGCAAAUUUUAUUAAAUUAAAUUUGAAAAUUUUUCUUCUUUUAUUAUUUGAGUGUCAUCGAUGAUCCCUAUGGCAGUCAAUGUGUGGAAGUAUGUCAGUCAGUUUUUAAUAAUAAUUCCAAAUAGCUUGAUUGAAAAUGAAUAUAAGAAUUGAUUUUGAAUAAAUUGGGAAACUUUGAUUGAGGAUAAACUCAGGGUUGCUCAAGAUCGCUGGUUCUCAGAGUACCGUGUAAUAAUUCAUUUCUAUGGAAUUUUGGCAUAAUUCUCCCGUGUUUAAAUAUAAUUUAUCUUGCCAAUAAUGUUAGAUACAAAGAAAUACAUCACUUGUAGGAUAUAAUAGCUGUAUACGCGAGUUGUUCGACGAGAAAGUGUUAAAUAUUCAAUGAACUGCGAUAAGGAGACGAGGAAAAUUAUGUUUGUAAUGUGAACGUGAAAGAAAACCAAAGGUCUGUUAAAACGAUAGGAGUUAAAAUCGCUUUUGUAUUUUAAAAAAAAAAAGAAAGUGAUCUUGAGCAGGUAAAAUUGUACUUUGUACUCUGCUAUGAGAAAACUUUAAAAAUGUUGAAAUCAGUAAACUUCGAAGAUUAUAAAGAAAUUGUAAACGCUUUAAAAAGCUUCGAGUCUUGUUAGGUGGCUUGAAAAGCUUAAAAUUUUGAAAAUGUUGAAAGUUUUGAAGGUCCUUAAUGUCUAAAUGUCUUAGAGGGUUUGUAGAUCAUCUAAAUAUUAUAAAGAUUGUAAAAAGAAAAGAUUAUUUAUAGUUAAUUAAUUCAUGUAUUAUGAUUCCCUUGAGAAAAAUUACGUGUAUCAGAAUUAAUUAUUUGAUUGUUAUAUUGCAGUAAUAUACGAAAAGAACAAAAAAAAGGAUCCAAAUAUGUAUAAAUAAUUGUAUUUUGUGAAGUGCAUACAGUGAAUAAAAUAAUAGGUGAAAUGCACGUUCUGUUUAUACUCGAAUUAAUUAAAAGAACGCUUGUGAAAAAUAUUCUAAUAAUUUUUUUUUAUUAUUUCAAAUACUUGAUUUUUACAUAAAAUUAAAAAAUACAUCUUCAUCGGUUUAGAUAACAAAAAUAUUCAAAAAAAUGGUCCAAAUUCAGAAACAUGUUCCUAUGUUCUAACCCAUCACUACUUUCGCCCUAAUUCAUUCCUAACCAUUGGCGUAAUCAGAUAAAAAUCAAGGUGGGCCUUUUGCCAAAAAUGAUUGCAAUAAAUAAAUAAAAAUUAUGCGUUGAAUUCUUGAAAUAAUAACUUCCAAUUUCAUAAUUAUUUCCAAUUUCAAUAUAUCCCACAGAAAAAUCCUAAUUACGCCAAUGUUCGUCACAUUUCCACAACUCAUUUUCAAAAAUAUUAAAGGGUGACCAAAAAGCGAGAGUGUCGUUCGUGAAAUUUGGAAUGUCGUGAAUGCUUUAGCUGCCUAGUUAAUCGAGCAGGUAUCGUGAAUCGGUAUAGUGCAAUAGUUCUCUACACACUUGAUACUCUUUUUUCCUCUUCUCUCUGUCUGUCUGUCUGUCAUUUUCUACGCCCGCAUCAAAGUAGACAUUGCUUCGCGGCACCAUGGAACGCCUCCUUUCAUUCGAACCUCCCCCCUUCGCAAAUGUAAUAAUCGUUAGGAUCGUCGUGUCUUAAUUAGACACUUGUACAUUCUCGAGCAUGGUAGUCUCCCCAUGGAGAAAAAGCGCUGUAGGGACAGGAGGUCUCUCCCUUGAUACUUGAAAGUUACUAUCACCUAUUGCGUAGUAUUAUUAAUAUUAUUUUUAUUUAUCUCAUUCACCUGGAAUAUUCAUAACCCUCAGACCUUAGCAAACGCGUUAGAGUGGGGGGCUUUUGUUCUACGUCACUUCUUCUCUAAGAAACGCUACCAUGCUCGACACUGUACACUCAUUUCGUGUGCAGUGAUUUUGAACAUACUGCACAAACAGCAGUUCCAUUUCACAUCACGGUUUUUGAAGCCAGUUUGCUAAUUGUACGUCGAAUCGAAGUUAACACAUUGAAUGUUAACACAGUGAAAAUGAACAUAACAAGGUGCAUUGCAAUAAAAAUUGUUCAAGGUAUCGUUAUUCGAUUUCUCAAUUUCAUUUUCCAAUUUGCUGCCUUAUAUUGUUAGACAAAUUUUGAAAGGAUUGAGACACACCAAGAACCUUUGUAUUUCAUUUUCGUUUUCAUAUAAGACACAGGUACAUUGCAGUUCAAAAGUAGUGAGACAUUUGCUGUUUCUAAUAAAAUUGUAGAUUUUUUAUUUUAAGAUGAUUGAUUUCAUUAUUUUGCAUAGAGAAUUUUUUAACUAAUAAUGAGACAGUGUUUUACUGUCAAUUUGAUAUAAAUUAAAGUAGGUAUUAUUAAAAUUUUUUUAAAAUUAUUUGCUAUAUAAUAGUUUAUUGGGUUUAUACAAAAUUUGGCAAAUGUUCUGAUGCUUUUGAACAGUAGUGUACGUACAUUAUACUAGUAUGUAUAUUCCAUUCGUUCGAUUGUCCACGAAUGCGUAAAGAAUACAUGGUGUGCAGUUCUGACACUGUUCAAUGUAAUCGCGAAUUGAUGUAUAUUGAUUAAAGAUACAAAUAUAUGAAUAUAAAUAUGGAUAUAUGAGACGAAGAAGAAAAUAAUAAAAAAGAAAAUAUGUAUUUGUUCCUGAGAAAGAAUUAAAUAAGAGUAGCACAUUACCGUAACAUUAAAUAUUGAUAGUAACGAUAAAGAUAAUUUGAUGGUACAUACUUUUCUUAUAAGUAACCUUAUACAUUACUACGAUUUAUUGUAGAGUUGGUACGGUCUUUGAUGAUGCCUUGCCUGUAAAUGUAACAUUAAAUGAAACAAAAAAAA